CUUUUUGAUGAUAUUCUAAAUAUAUGACCAGCACCUGUAUACUACUAGUGUGUGUGUGCGUGUGUGUGUGUGUGUGUGUGUGUGUGUGUGUCUGAUGACAGCACGCAUACGCCACCUAGUGUUGAAUGAAUGUCUGCUCGCUCACACAAGUGAAUGCAACAUAAUGCCUAGGUGGUCUUGGCCAAAAGAAUCAGCUUUAACCGCUGUAUAAAAACACUGAACUGUCAAAAGUUUUUCCUUUCUCAUAUUCAGCCGGCCACAAUAUUUCAAUCUAUGUUAUGGAACUUAAUUCAUUUUUAAAUUUCUCACUCAGACUAAGCAAAUAUAACAUUUUGUUUAAAUUUGUGUUAGUCAUACAUUUAGCCUAUACACAGAAUGUCAGCAUCCGAGCAGUACUUCUUAACUACAGGGGACUUAAAAUUAUUUAGGAAUUUGUAUUCACUAUAACUUCACCAAAUUCCUGUAAUUUCGCCCAAUAAUUUUAUUUAAUUUUUAUUUACCUAUUUGAUGUGUUACUUAUGCAUUUCCAAAGAAGCGCAGUUUUGUUGACUCAAAUAUAGAUAGAUAGAUAGAUAGAUUGUUGUUGUUCUAAGCAUUGCUGCUCUGUUAGUUUUAACAUGUAGAUAUUUUUGUCGAAAACAGCCAUAAACACUAUUUGAGCAAAUCAGUGAGAGUGAGACCCUCCGGACUGUCUGCCGUAGAGAUGGAGGGAAGUUUUCAAGACGAGGGUUUCCGACGCCAUUGUGACGUCAUCAGCGCCUCUUUAUUCACCGCCGACCGCAGCAGCCGCAACAAAUGAACACCCCUGAAUCGUUUGAUACUUUGUAAUUGCGUUGAAACUUCGAGCAUGCGUCUCCGAAAAGCAAUUUUGUUCCGCGAGGGCGUGAGAAAAUCCAGCGUCUUGCAGGAGGUGAUAAAGUUUUUGGAUUAAAGUUAGCCGCCGCUCACUAACAAAGCCAGCCGGAGAAAGUUACCAGCACUGCACUAUAGCGGGAUAUCGCCUGGCCUGGAGAGCUGGUACGUUAUCUAUGUAUCUAUAAUUUCAUUAGGAUAAACUAUGCACUUUGAAUCUAAAGAAUCAGGAGCAUAUUUUUGUGCAAUGCAAAAUAUCGAUGUUGUUGGAAAUUUGAGAAAGAAAUCUGCUUGCGCUGCACUCUCUCCGCUAACUGAUCACAUUACAUUGCUGUGCUGUGGUUGUACAUUGAAUGGGCAUCAUGGUGAACGAUUUAUUGAAGAAGCAUGACAGAUCCACAUGCAGUGGCCCGACACGCAUUAGGAUACUAAAGUCACACUUAAACUGUAAACAAUUGAAACAUAUUAUAUUUGUUAUGGUUUGAUAUUUUGUUAUCUAAUGCAGUGAUAUGUGCAUUGUUCAACCUUUUUUUUAAUUUAUUUUUUUAUUUAUUUUUUUAUUUGAUGUUGUUGUCGUCAUUGUUUUUUAUGUAAUGAAUUUUGAUUAUCUUAAAUCUUAAUAUCGUAAACUUAUUAUCUUUAGUCAGCCGUUUACAUUAAGCCUGAUAACAAUAUGUAAAGCUUGCAUAUAUUUUGUGUACAUAUAGUUGAAUAAAUGUGAUGGUCUCUGAAUUCUUCACAGCGCAGCAUAUUGUAAACUUGUGAUUUUUAGUCAACCGUCUGCAGUAAACCUGCUAACCUGAUGUAAAAGUUGCAUAUUCUGCAUAUUUUGUGUGACUCUUAUGUUUCAUUCACAUCCUGUGAUUCUAGAUUGAUAGGAGUCUUAUUUAUACUUCAAAUCUGAGAUCAAAUGGUCUCUGAAUCCUUCACAGCACAGCUCAGUUCUUAACAAACAGCACAUUGUGAGAAUGUGUGUAAUCCACAUUUGUACAAUGUUUUGUACAAUUGAAAUCAGCUUGCUUUGUAAUACUUUACACAGUACACCCUUGAAUUAACCCACCACACCAGAUUAUUUCUCAAGUUCCAGACAGCUUUAACCAGACAGCUUUUUCUCUCUUAUGUUGUAGUUUGUCAACAUGUCUGUCCAGUCCUGGGUAGUCAGCAGCCUCCCAUAAUGAACAACUCUAAGAAUGGGACAGCGGUGGCCAAUUCCACUAAUGGCCUGGACGACGGUGGGCUUAUGGUCUUGGAGUCUGUCUCUAUCAUCAUCAUAGCCAUAUUGGCAUGUCUGGGAAAUCUGGUCAUUGUGGUGACGCUAUAUAAGAAGCCCUACUUAUUGACACCCAGUAACAAGUUUGUCUUCAGCCUGACUUUGUCCAAUUUGCUGCUGUCUGUAUUAACGCUGCCCUUCGUUGCGGCCAGCUCGGUGCAUCGGGAUUGGAUGUUUGGGGUGGUGUGGUGCAACUUCACAGCACUCCUCCAUCUACUUGUCAGCUCGUCUAGCAUGCUUACACUGGGAGCCAUUGCCAUUGACAGGUACUAUGCCGUAUUAUAUCCCAUGAUCUACCCCAUGAAAAUCACGGGAAACCGAGCUGUGCUUGCCAUUGUUUACGUGUGGCUCCACUCCCUGGUCGGAUGCCUGCCGCCGCUUUUCGGUUGGUCCGCUUUCGAGUUUGACCGCUUCAAGUGGACCUGCACGGUGGCUUGGCACAAGGAGAUAAGUUAUACCACCUUCUGGGUUACGUGGUGCUUCCUUCUGCCACUGAUGGCCAUGCUGGUCUGCUAUGGCGUCAUCUUUCGCGUGGCCCGCAUCAAAGCUCGCAAGGUUUACUGCGGUAGCGUGGUGGUGUCUCAGGAGGAGUCCAGCUCUCAGAAGAACGGCCGCAAGAACUCCAGUACAUCCACGUCUUCUAGUUGUAGCCGCAGGAGCCUGAUCUACUCUGGGAGUCAAUGCAAGGCGUUUGUCACCAUUCUGGUGGUGCUGGGGACGUUUUUGACAACUUGGGCUCCGUAUGUGGUAGUUAUAAGCACCGAAGCACUGUGGGGUAAAUACAGUGUUUCUCCACAGAUGGAGACGCUAGUCUCCUGGCUUUCCUUUACCAGUGCCGUGUGUCAUCCACUUAUUUAUGGGCUGUGGAACAAGACCGUACGUAAGGAGCUGUUGGGCAUGUGCUACGGCGACCGCUACUACAGAGAGUCUUUUGUUAUACGGCACCGGACCUCUCGUCUCUUUAGCAUCUCUAACCGGAUAACGGAUCUGGGGAUGUCUCCUCACCUGACGGCCAUGUUAGUGGGUGGUGGGCAGCUCCUGAGCCGUGGUAGCAGCACAGGAGACACUGGCUUCAGCUUUACACAAGACUCAGCUACAGACGUCAUGCUGUUGGACAGCUACACCUCAGAGUCCUCCCACUCAGCCCUCUGUGCUGCCAAUAAGAGAAGAAGUUCUGUCACGUUUGAGGACCAAGUGGAUCAGAUUCCUAAAGGUGACCCCUCAAUAGAACAAGUGACAGCAGACAUCCAUAACUCUUUGGACAGCUUUGCGUCCUCUCUGGCUAAAGCUAUAGAGAAUGAUGCCAAGCUACAACUCUUUGGGGAAUGGACUCAAAUUCCCACAAGUCUGUUUACAGUACGAAACACACAGAGAGCUCCCCGUUACCUGGAUGGACAGAGACUCAGGAUGGAAAGCAUCGAUGAAGGAAUAGUUAAAGAUGAUGAUGAUGAGCAGGAGGAGGAGGAGGAGCAUGAGGAAAAAAUAGGUGACACUUCCAUGUAGUUCUCUGACGUGAACUUUGGUGAACUUCUUAAAGGACCAGAAUCUUGUUUAAUCUUUAGCUUUGAAAGGUACAGAACAUUCAGCUAACACAUUGGCAGAGGUUUACAAAUGUACAGUUGUUUGUGUAAUUUACAUUCUAGGUAACGAACUUAUACUUGAUUAUUUUAGCCAGCAACUGCUGCUACUUGCCUUGGUGAGACCAAAGACCAAUAAUCAUUGCUGUACCUGCAAGGUAUCAGGUACUAGAAGCCCUACCGUCACUCACCAGAAUAAGUUAUGUUUUUGUAACAUAGAAGAUAUUGUAAAAUCAUGUACAGCCCUCAUAUUGUGAGGUAUUUUGGCUGUUUUGGGUACUGUGUAUGUAUUAUGUUUACUCUUUUCUUACAAGGAAACUGUAACCACUCUUUUAUAUGUACUGACGGUUUGUAAGAAUGAUUAUCCUAGAGAAAGGCUCCUCUUUUCAAGUUUGUUUAAUAUAUUCAUUCAAUUAUAUAUUUUUUUAAGUGCCACAAUGUUUAAAGAAAAUAUAACCCCCAAAUAUUUGGGGGGGUUAUAUUGAUGUGGACAAAAAAAAAAAAAACUCUUUUCAGGCCCUACACCUUAAAGUAUUUUUUCAGGCAUUGAAUUGACAUUGAAGAAUCAUCUAAAGGACAGAAAGAUACUGGGCAUAAUAAAAGGUAGAAUACCUCUUAAAAUGCAUAUUUUAUCAAAUCUGAUUAAAAUGCUUUGGCUCAAUGUAUUGGUGUGAGAAAGCAAGAUCAAUAUAGUUGUCAUUAUUAGUCAUUGGUACAAUUGCACUUGAAGAUUUUACUUAUGAUCAGUGACUGAUCAUGUGUUUUCACUCCUACCUUGUUCAGUUUGGUUAGUAUACUGUGUGUUCAAAAAUGAUUAAUCAUUCCUGUGGAAUCUUUUUUUGCAUUGCGCCAGUCAUUUAUAUUACCAAUAUCGAUAGGCUUUUUUGUCAAUGGUGGCACUACCAAAUUAAUUAUUAUUUGUACUGUGUUAUUAAAUUCUUUGUGUGUA